AUGCCCCUGAAAGACUUACUCAAGAAGAAGGAUAAAAUCGAUGAUGAGCGCGUCCUACCACCACCCUUGCCGCAGGCGAAUGAGUUCACCUUUGUCCGUACGGACACGAACACUGAAGAAUACAUCAACCCUCCUGCCUUUGACGAUGUGAGAGAUCCGUCUCCUGCUAGUCCAAGUAACCCUUCGGCCUCAAGACGAUCAUUCAGUCGUUUCCGCAAGAGUGUUAGUCCGGCUGGAUCUGACGCAUCGUCUCCAGAGAAGGAGAGAAAAGACCGCAGGCGACUAUCGGAGCGCCUGCAUUUGAAUAAAGACCGGUCGGGGAGUACAAGCUCGGUCAACCUCCCUCCUGACCUUCCGGACAUUCGGGAUGCGUACAACGAGUCUGGUGACCGUCAGGAUAAAGAAGCUCAGUGGGAAGAACGGGCCACCAAGCUAGCGACCAAAAUUCCUGUCCUUCCCGCCAAAUCACCCACGAGCGAGAUGGAGAGUCUAAACAUCGGGACGAGGGCGCGAGCGCGAAGUGUGAACGACCCGGAGGGUGACAUUGACAUUCAAAAGGCCAUUCAACUUCACGAAUCUGGUGAUCUGUCAGAGGCAACAGAGAUGUUCCGCCAACUGGCCGAGUCCGGGAAUGUCUUGUCCCAGGUUCUGUAUGGACUCUCUCUUCGCCAUGGUUGGGGAUGCACGCCCGAUCCUGCGCGGGCGGUUACCUACCUGUCAGCCGCUGCAACCAACUCUGCAACCAUCGAAUCAGAUGCCCUCAAAGCCGGCAUGAAGAAGGGAGGUGCAGCAAAAGGGGAACUGGUGCUUGCCAUCUUCGAAUUGGCCAACUGCUUCAGACAUGGUUGGGGCAUCCCAGUGGACAAAGUCGCAGCGAGGCAGUACUACGAAACAGCCGCCAACCUGGGAGACACUGACGCAAUGAAUGAGGCGGCCUGGUGUUAUCUGGAAGGAUUUGGGGGCAAGAAGGACAAGGUGAGUGAUUCCUGGUGCUUUCUCCCUGCUCUCAACAAUUACUACGACGCUCUGAGAAUCCCCUAUCACCCUCUGCGUCCCGAUCCCCACACGUGA